UUCCGAAUGUUUCCCGUUCUCCCGUGUGUAGCUGUGUAGAAAUGUUGAUUGUGUUUUUGUAAUUAUAAACUUCUUUUGAUUCGAAGCGGCAAUUUAUAAAUUUGUUAAUUUUAAACACUUAAAUCUAAUUGGUUUAUAAAGUUAAUUGAAAAGCAUAUACAUAAUUUAUUAAUAAUAUUAAAUUGAACCCAAAAAUCUACAAUAAAUAACAAGUGAAUUGCGAUCCAUAUCCUUGAAUUUAUUAAGCACGUUGACAUCACAACCUAGCAUCAAACCUCAACGUAAAACUCCGCGAAUGAAAUGUCGUCGCCUCAAGAAGAAAUAGAAGAUAUAGAUGUCGAUGAAGCUCCCGAAGUCCCCGAACCUGCAGAAGCUGCAAAUGAACCGGCAGCAGAAGACCCCGCAGAUGAUCCUUUUUAUGGCUUCGAAGAAGUGGAACCCACCUACGACAACAAGGACAUGAAUGGAGUAUUCACCAUUUGGGAAGCCAAACACACAGAUCCCGGAUUUGACCCAGUCCCAGCACUGAAAAGGCUUGCAGAAAUUUUUGAAACAGAAACUGAAAUUUAUAUGCGUAAGGAUCUCGAUCCAUUUGAUGAACGUCAUCCAUAUCGAACGGAUCCCAAGUGUCAAUUUGGAUUUUUACUCAAACAGCUAUUUCGAAAAGAUCAUUUUAUGAAUAAGCUUGUCAACGAUUACCUACGGGAUAACUACUUCACUCGCCAAAAUAUACAGAAAAAAUCACUAGAACUAAAUAUUAUUGCUUGUCGACUAAUUCUGGUCAUUAUGCCGGGUUUAGAGACUUCUGCUGUCUUCCAAGUGGAGUAUGACAAUCUUAUAAAUCGAAUUUACGGAUGGGCUGAAGACAGCGUUGAACCACUGCAGAGCUAUGCUACAGGCCUACUGGCUGCUGCAAUGGAGGUCACAGAUAUAGCUGUAACAUUUCGAGAAUUAAACACACGACUCGUGCCAAAAAUGUUAAAAAGACUCCAUGCGUUUCAAGCUGGUAACCCAGUGACUGAAAAUGCCCAACCGUCCAAUUUGAAUAAUUCAAGUACGGAACAAGAAGACAAAUUUGAAAGAAUUUUACCGGCGUGGAUGGCAGACUCAGCACCUACUAGUCCUGCACCAGUCGAAGAAGAAAGCGCUACAUCCAAAACACACAAUGGAACUCUUGAUAGUUUUCCCAGUACCUCAAACAUGUCAAUGUUAUAUGAAACAUCCCGAGAUGCCGGAGGGACACAGAAAUUCUUAAAACGAAUGUACAUACCAAUUCACCCUUAUACAGCAGACACAAGUCAAAUGCUUAUCAUAAGAUAUCUUACAUCCAUGGGCGAAUAUCAAGAGUUCCUUGGGCUGGUUUUUGAAAACAAGACAAUGCAACUAAUAUGCGGAUAUAUAAGAAACUUAGAUAAACGAGACACUUGCCUUGCUUUUGAAGCACUAAAAUAUUUGGCAUCAUUAUUGUGCCACAAAAAGUUUGCUUUAGAAUUUAUCACUCAUGGAGGUUUACAGCUUCUUUUAAAAGUUCCUCGUCCAAGUAUAGCUUCAACAGGUGUUUCAAUAACUUUGUACUAUUUGGCAUAUUGUGAAGAUGCCAUGGAACGUAUCUGUACAAUGCCCAAAUCAAUUAUAACUGACUUAGUAAAAUAUGCUCUGUGGCUGCUCGGUCGUUCGUAUGAUUCUGGAAAAUGUCAUGCUACAAUGUUCUUUGGUUUAAGUUUCCAAUUUAAGGUUAUUUUGGAUGAAUUCGAUGCCCAAGAUGGUCUAAGAAAACUUUAUAAUGUCAUUUCUGUUUUAAAAAUCGUUAAUCCACCUGCAAAUGACGAAGAGGAAUCAAUAACAUCUCUCAACGAGGACUUGGAGUGUGCUUCACGACAAUUUGUGCGACACGUGUUUGUCGCUCUAAAACGUUACAUGGAGAGUCAUUUGUUUUAUAAAUACAACUUGUUUAUGAGACAACAGUGUCCUUCAUCUACGGAAUUUUCAAAUUCAGCCACAAAAGCCAAUAAAGUAACUUUAGAACAAAUAAGUGAGCAAGUAAGAACUCUUCAAGAGAAUACUCCAGUGCGGGGACAUUGGGCUCCAGUUGAUCAAUUAUUGAAAUUAGGUGGAAUACAACUAAUACUUAAAGUCAUCGCUAUGUCUUACGAAUGGAAUAAUGCUGGAAGAGCAGAAACCGUACGAUCCGCCUUGGAUGUCCUUUCUAUUUGCUGUGUUGUGCCAAAAGUUUUCUCAGCAUUUUGUGAAAGCCUAGAGUUACCAGACAACCCUUCAUCUUCCGGAAUUCAUGCUAUUUUGGGCGCUGCUGUUGGAGAAAUUACCAACGAUUCUGAUGUGCAAAAAUCUGCGUUAGCUGUUUUAUGUCAUUGUGUGUGUUCACCAAGUUCAAGGAGCCAGCCAGCUUCAUUGAUAAAAUGUUAUGUAAAUCCAAAGAAAAAGAACAACAGCAGUAAAUUCUCUGAAGAACUCGUUGAAAAAGUGUGGGAGUCUGUUUGUUCUAAUAAUGGAAUUAUCAUUCUGCUUCAAUUGAUGCAAAUAAAAGUUCCCCUUACGGAUGCCGAUUGUAUACGCGGAAUGGCAUGCAGAGCUCUAGCCGGACUUGCACGUUCCGAGAGAGUUCGACAGAUUGUUGGCAAAUUGCCAUUAUUUGCUAAUGGACAAAUUCAGCACUUGAUGCGAGACCCAAUAUUGCAAGAAAAACGUACUGAGCAUGUGAUUUUUCAAAAGUACGCUUUGGAGUUGCUAGAAAGAGUUUCGGGAAAAGAAAAACCACUAAACAAUCAGUUAGAUCCCUCUUUAGCAAACAUUCAUAAAGCAAACGUUGUUGCACAAACGAAAAUUCAGUACAAUGAACAACAAUUAUUCCAACUAAUUCACGAUCAUUUAGAAUCAAAGGGGCUUUCUGGAACUGCCCAAAUGUUACAAAAAGAAGCUGGUCUAACAACAUCAACAACAUUAACGAAAAGUUUCCACCAAUCACCAUUUGACUAUAAGGUAUUGCCAACCAAUGUUAUUGCACGUAAUCGAUUACGAAAUCGGAUGCAAGACGUUAACUCAGCUAUAAAUGGAGUAGCUGGGCCAGAGGAGAGCAACGAUACAAAUAAUGGAUGUUUCCUAGAGCCUAUAACACCAAUUAAGCUAGUUAAGAAAUCGGCCAAUACGCCAGGAGCAGCAUCAACUAGUAACAAUGCAAGCUCUUCGUCUACCUCAGCGAGAUCGUUGCAAAAACAAAUUUGGUCCGUUCCAGAGACGACCACUACAGAUGAACCAGUUGCACCCACUAUUACCCUCGGUACCAUUGUAACUGAAUAUUUGACCAAUCAGCAUGCAUUAUGUAACAACCCAAUGUCCACGUGUCCACAAUUUGAUCUAUUUACUCCCCACAAAUGUCCAGACCCACAACCGAAUAGAACAUUUGGACCAAAUCUUAAUUUGACUUCUCGUUGGUUUAGAUCACAGGCUGGUUUCAAUACAACUCGACUAGAUCGACGGUACGUUCAUUCGAACUUCAAUUCAUGGCGCACUAUAAGAGCAAAUGAUUACAAUGACAUCCAGUUUACUUGUUGUAACAUUCUUCCAACGAACAAUCUGAUUAUUGUUGGUACUCAGCAAGGUGAAGCAAAGGCAUUUACUCUCAAUGAGGGCACAGAACUUUUCUCUUCUUCUUGCCACAGUUACAUAAUUGAUAGUAUUCAAUCAAAUAGAAAAGGAAAUCUUGUGCUGACAUCCUGCUCAUGGAGAUCUCAUUUGUGGAAUAUCGAAAGAAAUGAUUUCGCAAGUUCAUUGCAGUUUCACGAUGAAUUUUAUUGCGAGUUUAGUAAUGUUAAUCAAGAUAAAAUUCUGGGAACACAAACUUAUUCAGCGAUUGUGUAUGACCUCACCACAGGAAAUAAAAUAUCAACCUUUACUCCCACAAUAGCAAAUCAGUAUACUAAAAAUCGAGCUACAUUUUGCCCAACUGAUGAGUUAAUUUUAUCAGAUGGAGUACUCUGGGACGUAAGAUCCGGUAGAGAAAUACACAAGUUUGACAAACUCAAUCAGACUCUCUCUGGAGUGUUCCACCCAAAUGGACUGGAAAUUAUUUCGAACACUGAAGUUUGGGAUCUAAGAACUUUCCAUUUGUUGCAAACAGUUCCUGUACUAGACCAAUGUCUAAUUAAGUUUUCACCGAUGAAUGUUCUUUACGGCAUCAGCUUAGAUAUAGAUAAUCGUGUCGAUUUCGACGAUACCACCAAUUAUGAUACCAGUUUUAAAGUGCUAGACAGUUAUGAUUACUCAAGCAUCACGACGGUGGAUGUAAAAAAACAUAUCUAUGACCUAAGUGUGAACUGCAAUGGAAGUAUUAUAGCACUUGUUGAGAAUCAGCCAGCAUAUGAUUCAAAACAGGAGACUUUUGUCAAAUUGUAUGCUGUUGGAAUGAAAAAAAACGAACAACAAGAAGAGGAAGAAGAUGAGGAACCAGAAUCAGAUGAAGGAUCUGACAGCGAAUCUGCUCGUGUGUUUGAUAUCCCCGGUCUAAGAGGCGAUGAUGAUGAUGAUGAUCGCUGGAUUGAUGUUGAUUCAUCAUCUUCUGACGAUGAUCAGAACAAUGGAGAUAGCGAUGAUGCGGCGAAUGGAGGAAAUGGCGACAACACCUCAUCCGACUCAAGCACAGAUAUGUUUGAAGUAGAGUUAAAUUUUUGAUAAACGUAAUGUUUUUAUAUAUUAUAUAAAAUAUUGUAAAUAUAUAUACACCUCAAUGUGUAACAAUUAAAAUAUAUACAAUUUGUCUAGUAACUGAAA